UCGGCAGGAGCGAGCGAGUGGGCCCAGCCAAGCGCGGCACACUUCCGGGACGUGGGGCGCCUAUCCCGUAAUAUUUCCCCUCCGCUCUUCCCGCAGCAGUUGUCUUGCCUCUUGGGAUUCAGGACAAAUCGCCUGUCCCAGGGGCCUGUGCGCUUGUCGAGAAGGCGGCAUUCGCCCCUGCGGUCCCCUGGAGGGACGUUGGAGGAGGGGGCGACGGAUAUAGGGACUCGAGAUCCGCCGUGGGAAUGAUCCACGAACUGCUCUUGGCUCUGAGCGGGUACCCAGGGUCCAUUUUCACGUGGAACAAGCGGAGUGGCCUCCAGGUGUCACAGGACUUCCCAUUUCUCCAUCCCAGUGAAACCAGCGUCCUGAAUCGCCUCUGCCGGCUGGGCACAGACUAUAUUCGCUUCACCGAGUUCAUUGAACAGUACACAGGCCAUGUGCAGCAACAGGAUCACCAUCCAUCUCAGCAGGGCCAAGGUGGGUUACAUGGAAUCUACCUAAGGGCCUUCUGCACGGGGCUGGAUUCCGUUUUGCAGCCUUAUCGCCAAGCACUGCUUGAUUUGGAACAAGAGUUCCUGGCUGACCCCCAUCUUUCCAUAUCACAUGUCAAUUACUCCUUGGAUCAGCAUCUCUGGAAGCUCAUGGUAGAAGAGUCAGAUUUACUGGGUCAGCUGAAGAUCAUUAAAGACUUUUAUCUUCUGGGACGUGGAGAACUGUUUCAGGCCUUCAUUGACACAGCUCAACACAUGUUAAAAACACCACCCACUGCAGUAACUGAACAUGAUGUGAAUGUGGCCUUCCAGCAGUCCGCACACAAGGUUCUGCUGGAUGAUGACAACCUUCUCCCUCUGUUGCACUUGACAAUCGAGUAUCAUGGAAAGGAGCAUAAAGAUGCUGCUCAGGCAAGAGAAGGGCCUUCUCGGGAAACAUCUCCCCGGGAAGCCCCUGCAUCAGGCUGGGCAGCCCUCGGUCUCUCCUACAAAGUGCAGUGGCCGCUACACAUUCUCUUCACCCCUGCUGUUCUGGAAAAGUACAAUGUCGUCUUCAAGUACUUACUGAGCGUGCGCCGGGUGCAGGCCGAGCUGCAGCACUGCUGGGCCCUCCAGAUGCAGCGCAAGCACCUCAAGUCCAACCAGACAGACGCUGUCAAGUGGCGCCUGAGAAAUCACAUGGCCUUCUUGGUGGAUAAUCUUCAGUACUAUCUCCAGGUGGACGUGCUGGAGUCUCAGUUCUCACAGCUUCUGCAUCAGAUCAACUCCACCCGCGACUUUGAAAGCAUCCGAUUGGCUCAUGACCACUUCCUCAGCAAUCUGCUGGCUCAGUCCUUUAUCUUGUUGAAACCUGUGUUUCACUGCCUGAACGAAAUCCUAGAUCUCUGUCACGGCUUUUGCUCGCUGGUCAGUCAGAACCUGGGCCCGCUGGAUGAACGUGGGGCUGCCCAGCUGGGCAUCCUGGUGAAGGGCUUCAGCCGCCAGUCUUCACUGCUAUUCAAGAUUCUCUCCAGUGUUCGGAACCAUCAGAUCAACUCAGAUUUGGCUCAACUACUCUUACGACUAGAUUAUAACAAAUAUUACACCCAGGCCGGUGGAACUCUGGGCAGUUUUGGGAUGUGAAAAUAACUGGUUCACAAACCAGCAGUCUCUCACUGCGUUCCCACAUCCGUGACAGAAAAUUCAAAACAUCCCACUCUCCAGCCGCUCUGCAAAUGCCUGCUGUCUACUGAGGGCCCUACCUUUCCUCCUAGCAGCUACUACUAUUGAACAUUCAUGGGUACAAAUCCUUCCCGUGUGGAACAGUCUACCCCAUCUUAAGGGAGUUCUUAACUCACCCACCAUGGAGAGGACAUGUGGUGCCAGCUCUCCCUCUGCUGACCUUGCAAGAUCCAUUACAUGGAGAACGUCUGUCAGACACGUCCAUUUGUUGAGCACCUACUAUGCGCCUAGGUACUGUUCAAGCUGCGAGAGACAGCAGUAAGUCAUAACUUCCAAUUAUUUCAGACUGGAAAAAGGGCAAUUCUAGCUAUUGACGACGUGUUUAAUUAUUCCUAUUUUAACAAAGAAAAGGAGUCCUUAUGAAAAAGCCUGAGGUCAAAUUUCUAGGUUCCAAAUAUUGAAAACUGUGAGUCUUAUUAUCCCCUCUUGGAAAAACCACAGAAGUUAAGGUUCCCCUAAUCUGGCCCAACCAUUACUGUAAUUAUUAAUGUUCAUAUUGGUGUGAACAAAAAUAAAUGUUUAUUGAACAAC